AUGGAUCGAGUCAUCAAAGCCGCGAGAGCCUCUAGUUCUCUCAACCUCUCUAAUAGCUCUCUUAGGCUCGUCCCCGAUGAGGUCUACAAAAGCGACAACGCCGUCGGCGAAGACGAGAAGUGGUGGGAGGCUGUGGAGCUACAAAAGCUGAUUCUAGCUCAUAAUGAAAUUGAGGUACUCAAAGAUGAGCUGAGGAAUUUGCAUAUGCUGAUUGUGCUCAAUGUCAGCCACAAUAAUCUCUCUAAGCUCCCGGCCGCAAUCGGAGAGCUUGCAAUGCUGAAGUCGCUAGACGUAUCAUUUAACUUGCUUGGGGAGCUGCCGGAGGAGAUUGGAUCGACAACUACUCUUGUCAAAAUUGAUUGUUCAAAUAAUCAGCUGAUGGACCUCCCGAGCUCGCUUGGAAGAUGCUCAGAUCUAUCAGAUUUCAAGAACAAAAUUUCAGCAAUCCCUGUUUCAAUUGCUGGUUGUUCUUCACUUGCGGAAGUCCACAUGGGGAAUGAUGCACUCUCUAUGUUACCUUCAGAGAUCAGGGCACUUUCUUCCCUUGGAACUCUAGAUCUCUACCCAGGAAGCACUCCGCUGCAUUUGUCGGCUAUAGGGGGAUCUCUGGAUUGCAUACGAGGAUUAUUGGCAUGGGGUGCAGAUCGUUCCCAAAGAGAUGCUUCGGGGAGAAUGCCAUAUAUAGUUGCUUUGAAACACAAGCACGGAGCUUGUGCAGCUAUGCUAAAUCUGUCAUCUGCUGCUCCUUGUUUGCCUCCGUUAAAGCCUGUUCUAACAAAGCUUUUGCCUCCUCAUUAA